AUGAAGCCCAUCGAGUGGGAUGAAGGUCUCGCCACAGCUGCCCAGCAAUUGGCCGAUAGCUGCAAAUUCGAGCAUAAUCGUGCCGGACAAAAUCUAUAUGAGGGCAGUGAUCCAGCGGAUCUUGUGAAACAGGCAAUAGAUGCGUGGCAUAAUGAACAUAAAGACUAUAAUUACGAUAGCAAUACAUGCGGGCCCAAUGCGAUCUGUGGGCAUUACACUCAAGUUGUUUGGGCGGACUCUUCCAAAGUCGGUAUGGCUGUAUCCUCGAGGAAGUGUGAAAGUGGCAUGUAUAUUGUAGUUGCCAACUAUGACCCUGUUGGCAACUAUGCUGGGGAAAAACCUUACAAGCAGCAGUGA